AUGCACCUGAUGCCCAACACCACGCUGUUAGCGGCGUCGCUUCAGUACGGCGUCAUUUCGCGAUCCUACCCCUUGUCCGGCAAAGUCCUUCGCGGGUUCCUUGACGCUUCGGGGACCGCGAACGGACUGGGGAUCGGUAAUCCCAAUGCCGAAUUCUCGCCCCACGUCUCGUCGGUCGCUUUGGCAUCCGAGGGUGGAACUGCGAAAAUCCUUUGGGGCUACAGGAACGGCGAAGUCGCGGUUACCACCGCCGUUCGGGUCAUGGACAACAAUCGGGCGUCUGCUGCGAAGCUAGUCAGAUGUCGCCUGGCCGACUGUCAUGAGGGCGCCGUAGAGUGCGUCGCUUGGGACCACAGUAUAGACGGGUCUUCUGUCUUCGCCACGGGCGGCAUCGACGGCCGAGUGAAGCUUUGGGGUAUCAAGACCACUCUCACGUGUCUGUGGACCUCGGAGAAGGGGGCUUCGCUCCUGCCCGACCCUUGCAUCAAGCUCGCGGUAGAUCUUCAACAGGGUGUCGUCACUGCAGCUCUUCGGAGCGGCGCCCUCCUCGUAUGGAUCGGCUUUCCGUCCCUUCCCCUAGAGCCGACGGAUGUUGCCGUCCUAGAACCUCGCGAAAUACGAAUCCCUGCACCUUCUACCCCCUCCGGCUCUGGCACAUCCCCGUAUGAGCGUACCUCUCUGGAUGUCUCGGACUUGCGUAUCUCCGCUCAACGGGAUCGUCUAUCUCUCCUGGUUGCUUAUCACCCCAGCUCUCAGUUCUAUCGUCUCAACUGGACAGCCGCAUCGGGCGUGUUCGAGCGGAUUACCUUCGGAGAUGCAGCUGCGGGGCCGAUUCGGUCCAUCCUCCCGGUGUGGGCCUCUCGCGAAGGGGAUAGCAGCUUCGUGAUCGCGGGGGAUGAACUUGGGGCUAUCAGCAUCUAUCCGUGGGAUGCGCGACCUCCGCAGCCUCCCCGUUCCGGCACAGCUGUCGUGCUUCCGGCGCACGCCUUUUCCGCUCACGAGGACGGCGCGGUGACGGCACUCGCGUGGAACUCCGCCGUCCUGGUGUCGGGCUCGUCCCGAGGAACGGUCAAAGUGUGGGACGCGCUUACGUGUGCGUCGCUGCGCACAUUUGCCUCCCCCGCCGCUAGACCAUCCACCGGCGCAGAAUGGGAUGGCGUCAGCCAGAUACUGCUAGAUCGCGAUGCUUUGAUGGUAUCGGUCGGCAGCAGGGUCAUGGCGUGGAAGGCCGGUCCGGUGGGCAGGCCUGGCAUGCACGGAAAGGGCAAGACUGUGCGGACUGCUAAACAGAGCGGCGUAGCCAAGUGGCAUCAACAACUGGAGAUGCAUCGCGACAUCGCCGAGUCCCGCCGCGAACUAGACGAGGAACAGCGGCACACCCGGCGGACGUUCGGGCGCGAGAGAGACCAGCUGUCGACGCUUGCGCAUCUCGGACUCAGCGAAGUCGAAGCCGUGGAAUACGUCCUGAUGCUCAGCCGGGACGAGGAAGCAGGUCGUGGGCGACGCGCUGUGGAGCCAUCCCCCUAUGGCGAAGACGAAGGCGUGUUUAUGGGCGAUUUCGACGACCUACCAACUCCGAUGGCCACCCCGAGCGCCGUGUUCGGACUGGGGCCCUCCAACGCCGCCUCGCGCAGGUCGUCUUCCUCAGGACACUCCUCUCCCACCUCUGGCGCUGGUACAAGCGUCUUCCAGGGCGGUCGCACAGUCCCGCGCGCCAUGCCGUCUACGUCCAAUCACAAGGUCCAGGUAUCACCCCGUUUCCAUCCCGAACCGAUGGAGGCAGGGGUGGACCAUAGCUCGCCGGCGCGGAGCGCCAGCUCGAGUGCUGAAAGGAUCGUCCCUCCCGUGGCUGAUAGCGACCACUUCCCUGCAGUCAGUCGUACCCCAUCCUCAGCGUCUGGCAGCGGUGGCGCCGCCACAAGCAUCUGGGCGACGCCUGCGUCGAGCAUGAGGGAUUCUGCUGUGGGAAGCCCGCAGUCGAUACGUAGCGCGUGGAGCAACCCCCUACGUUCUUUCCAUUCCUCUGAGGCACCCUCCCCGUCGCACGUCUCUGCAUCGCCAUCGCUGAGUCCGACGUGCUCGUUGACAGGUGUCCUCGCCGGCCCCAGUCUGUCUGGGCGAAGCGACGGGGCUGUGCCGCGCGGGGACGAAGAUGACGAAGACCUGCGCUUCGCUAUAGAAUUGAGCCUCGCCGAGGCUCGGAGCCGUGGGGAGAACGUUUGA